AUGGAAUAAAAUUUAAUCAAGUUGAAAUUGCUUCAUUGAAAAUGUUUAAUUGGAAAUUUUCUUGCAACGUAUAUUUCCCAUGGCUACACUCAGUUUAUAAAAAAAUUCACCGAGAAUUGAAUAAUCUAAUUGAUGGAAAAAAUGAUAAAACGUGGAAUGAAAAAAUUACAUCAUGGAUGAAUCAACCUGAGCAGAUUGAUUGGAAAAUGAUUUUAUUUCUAGUUUUGCUCAUAAUAACUAUUGGUACUAUUAUACUGCAAUGGUACAAUGCUUUACCAUCAAAUCCGGGCAAUUCAAUUGUACAUGAGGAUAAUGAGAAUGAGCAAACCUACAUGGAAUAUUCUCAAUUCAUACCUAAACCCCUGGAAAUCAAUAGAAUCAUCAAGGCUAGAAGAAUAUUAAAUUUCUUGGAAAUGGAAAAUUAUAGUCAAUUUUACAUUGUAUCACUCGGUAUUAACGGAACUGGAAAUUCAUCUCUACAAAUAAAUGAAAUAUUUGAUACCACUGAUAGUCCCGAUGACGAUAAAAUACAACGUAUGAUUGAAUUUAAAAGCAUUUUGGACGAAAUAAUUGACAGAAUCGAAUCGCAGUCAAAAAAAAAGUCUCAAAGAAAUAUGCCUCCUCCAUUGGAGGAUUCAAAUUUAGAAUGGCGUUCAUCUAAGAUCGGCUCCAAAAUACCUUUACUGAGAUCUCGUCAGCGCUAA